GCUGGUGGCUACGAAUUUUCAUCUGGUCAAUGUAAAGAUAAAAUGAAAUACAUGAAGCGCUGUUAUUUAAAAAAAAUAGACAACAUGGGACCUAAGAGCACUGGUUCAACUCCAAUAAAAUGCGAAUAUUUUGAUGAAUUAGACAAUUUAUUUGGUAAAAAACCAAACGUUAAACCAGUCUCUGUUUGCAGCACAUCAAAAGUAAAAUGUCAAAUAAAAACAAACGAAAAAAUUGAGAUAGAAGAUGUGGAAAAUAUUGACGUUAAAGAAGAGACAAUUUUGAAAAGAAAAGGACAGAAAAGGAAGAAUACAAGUGAUGAUUUACUAGCUAAGUUGAAUAGUAGAGAAGAGGCCAAAGAGCGCAGACAUCUUGAGAAACAAGCAAUUCAAACGUGAAAGUAUAACUGUUUUCCAGAACGUUAUGAACGAGUUACUGAAAAAACUCUAAGAUCAAGAAAUACUUUUACUUAGAAAUUCUUCAAUUAUAGUAUUAAUUAG